AUGGAGAGGCCCGAUAUAGAGUAUUUAAAUCUGCCUGAAAAAGUUAAGAAAAAGUUGUAUGCCUUCAACAUAAAUACGCUUGAGAAAUUAAGCACAAAUUAUCUGGAGAACGUCGACGUGGAGGAGGUCAAUGCAGGACAGAAUGAACUGUUUAGUUACCACGUGCGCGAGUUGGGAGUACCAAAUGGCGAAGGGGAAGAAGGCCAAGAGGACUGCUGGAAGGACCCCCUCCAUGGUUACAACCACCCUGUCAGCGAUCAGGAAAAUUACUGCUACGGUGGGAGUCAUGCUGACACGGACGAUGGGGGUGAUGCGAUUGACGACGCGCUGAGAGACUCGGUCGAGUCGUCUUCAUCUUCCCCAUCAGCGUCCGUGUCAACGUCGACGUCUAUGUCCAUGUCUACCACGGGGCAUGGACACGCCCUACCAACUUCUCCCCCCGGAAGGAGAAAAUAUUCGGUGCUCAAAAGUAUUAACCCGUGGACCCACCUAAGAAGUAACAACAGCUCAUUCUGCGCAUCGGGAAAGAUAAAAAAUAAUAGCAUACCAGUACGUGUGGCUAGCUGGAAAUCUCCCGAAGGACUGGAGAGGGAUUUCCUGGCCUGCUCCAAUUACAUGAAGGCAUCUCUAUCCGAGGUGACCUCUGUUAAAACGAACAGUCACCGACUUAACAAGCUCCUAGGAAACGGAAUCCAAGCGUCCAAAAUAUAUUUCUUUUAUGGGAAAAAAACAAAAAUGAACAAAGUCAUUUUGCUCAAUUUGUUAUGCGACUUCCUCGCUGGAAGCUCCCCCACUGCAGUUGCGGUGUUCAUACACUUCAGCUACAUUAACGACGUUACAGUAAUUGAAAAAAUUUUAAAAAAAAAAGUCAAAAGGGAGAAAAAAAAGAAGCUCUCAUUGGAUGACAUCCUUAACAGGUUAUUCAUUUUUCAUGUCCGAAAUUGGAGCGAACUUAUCUCCUUUUUAGAAAAUGUGAGAAAAGAGAAGACCCCCAAAAAAGGGGAUCAAAAGAACCCAUUUACAAGCCAGCUAGCCAAUGUGGCAUGCAUAGGAAUAGACAAUUUCACAAACAUGUUCAAGGAAUUAAGUGUACAGAACUCCAACACGUACUUCUACCUCGUGAGGGAAUUAAAAAUUCUUUCCGUUACGUUCAACAUUCCCAUCCUUAUAUUUGACUAUGCAAAGUAUCAAAUAGAAGGAACAGUCGGGUGGGGGAAAAGGCAGUGCAAAGAAGAAGAGGACGCACAGGAGGGUAAGCACGCAGGGAAUGGUUACAAAUUUACAGGCAGCAAAACGAAGCGGAAUGCAAAUGGUUGCCCGAGUUAUGAGAAGACAAGCCGAUUGAACCUUUCAGAGGAGGAACACGCCACGAAUGUGCUCACGGAUGAAGGGGAAAACUGGACGGGCAGGAAGAAUAAAAGGGCCAAGUGGAAAAGGAGCGGAUUGCCCUUUGACAGCACGGACAGCAGUAGCGGCACAGACGACUCCGAGUCGUACGCGGAUUACCACCAGGGGGAAGACAACACUUCUGGCAGUUCUGGCAGAUUAGGAAGUAGGCAAAGUGCUGACAGUGGGAGAAGUGUUUACAGUGGGCGCUCCUCCCUUUGCGAAUCAACCGAGACGGACGAGGAGCACGCAUCCCCCAUCAGCAUCCACAUAGAAGAAACCACACAACAGGAACCAAAUGAUGAUAAAAAAAACGCAUUCCCAAUUUUACACAACAGCAAAUACAACUCAAACAAAACGUCCGUCCCGUACUACACCUACAACCUAUUCGACUGUGUGCUGGAAAUUGAAAUCCUUCAAAAGACGCGAGGCAGAAAAAAAAUGGUUCAAUUCACUCUACUCAAGUCACAGAAUAGCAUUACACAUUUGUAUGUAAAUUGCUGCAUUCAAAGUUAUACACUCAUGGACGUGGCGUAG